AAAUCGGUUCAUUCAUAAAAUCAGCUCAUAUGUUAGCGUAACUUCAGUUGUAGUAGUUGUAAAAGGUUUCAUACUUAUACAAACUAAAAACAAUAACAAUUUUAAUGUGGAGUACUGUUUUGAAUAACUGACAAGUUGGAUAAAGCAGUAGUUACAUCGGAAUCUUCCGAAAUGAUCAUGGACGGUUUGGAUACCCUGUCGCAAGUUGCGGUGUGUUUUGAAAACUAUCAUGAUGGUGGUUUUGGAUCUGGAAGACUCCCUUCGGAGUCGAUUGAGGAAUUAAAUACUCCGGUGACAUCUUCAUCGGACCUAGCGUUCUUUAUGGAUACACUUGAUGCGUUUCCGAUCACUGCUUCGGCCACAUUGGAGGCGUCAGUGAAUUUACCGGACAAAUUGACCGAGACGUUCUUUGGUUCCCAGUUUUCACGACAGCAGACGACACAAGGUCUCGGCUGCGGCUUCAAUGUCUCUGCGCCGGUUACCACCACGUGCGGAAGCGAGGCAUCACAGGGUUACGGGUGCCAGCAGCGGUUGCACUACACCGGAACGCUUGUCACAAAGCCCGGAUUCUCGGCUGCUACGUCAUCUAGCUAUGACCCGCUACAGAACCUCAACCUACUCGCGCCCUUCUCUCUUUUCAACAACAUCAUCUCACAGACGAUGCAGGGGGCACAGGUUCAGGCCCAGGUACCGCAGUGCCACGCUCCGUGCCAGCAGCAGCAGCAACAGCAUCAACAGUCCUUCCUCAGCCAACACGAUUUCAACGCCAUCAUAUCGACCCUGGCUGAGAUCCAACACAGUAGCGCCAGCUCCAUCUUCAGUUCCGCUCCCACCACCCCCUGCCAUCAGUCACAGUCUGGCUCCCCGCCACCGGAACUCAGCAUGGACCAACAGAGCUCCAUGGACGCCUACUCCACCGGGUUCCCCUCGCCUAUGACGUCACCAAUAACACCGACGUCACCACACUCGACACCCGAACCCCAGGGCGCCAGCGGAUUUGAUGAUCUGGACGCCAUUGAUAGCGUGUUCCCUGGGCCACCACCGCCAUACACCGCGCCUAGCGUUUCCUUCGCCGGAAACUUCUCGUUGAAACCUCACAAAUCGGUGUUCAGCAGUUGUUCCCAACAGACAGGUGAGGCGGUUCCGUUCUCAACGGGAAGCAUGGGAGGUCUGAACUUUUGUAAUUCCGGACAUGACAGUUUUCAAGGUUUGCCACAAUUUGAGGCUAGUGAGAUUGCAUAUCAUACGCAGUCGUCAAACAUUGGUGCUACAUUCAAGUGUACAAUUCAAGGCAGCUUAACGAACCAACAGUCACAUCAACAGCAACAGCAGCAGCAGCAACAACAACAGCAUCUACCCGACUUCUCUGCCAUACAGACGACACAUCAAUCCCACAGACAGAGCGUUACCCCGCCGAUGUACAGCAACGUUCCAAUCAAAACAGAGCCCUUGGGCGACCUCUCAUCAGACUCGUAUCUCCUUCAAUCUCCUUCACAAAUGAACUUCGAUCAAAACGCCGGUGCAUCAAAAGCGCAACUUCAGGCCAUUUUGAACACGCCGUACCAACAAGGCCAACUAAAGCUACUUCCGGUUAAGGCCCGGAAAUACCCGAACAGGCCGAGCAAAACUCCGCCGAACGAGCGACCUUACCCGUGCCCGGCGGAAGGCUGCGAUAGACGGUUCUCGCGAAGCGAUGAACUUACUCGACACCUGCGGAUACACACUGGGCAAAAACCGUUCCACUGUCGCAUCUGCAUGCGCUCGUUUUCACGAAGCGACCACCUCACUACGCACGUGCGCACGCAUACAGGCGAGAAACCUUUCUCGUGCGACUCGUGCGGACGUAAAUUCGCGAGGUCUGACGAGAAAAAGAGACACGCAAAAGUGCACUUAAAGCAAAAGGCAAAAAAGGAAGCAAAACUUUUAGCGGGUUCUUCUGAUCUACCCGUCACCACCGCCGCGCAAAUUUUGGACAGUUUGUCGUAUUGCUUAAGCUCAACUAGUAGUUCAUCUUCAAAUGUUUCUUGUAUUCCACACAUCGUCACCACGACGUCGUUGUAACGUAGACGUUUGCAUUAAAAGUGUGAUUUCAAACGUUGAACGGACUCUGUAUCACACGGCAUUAUGUUGGACAUCCAUUUUAUACGAAUACUUUAAAUGACCCUUUUUAAAUUUUCUAGUCAAGGAAAUUUAAUCGUAUACAUUUUAUAAAUGUAAAUUUAACAUAUGUUUCACAUACAUGUAUGUUAAUGUGUAACAUUCGAUGUGAAGCGACUGUUAAUGAAUGUAUUAUAAAUAAUGCAUGCAUAAUCGAAUAGCGUCAUUUUGUACAGUUAUGUUUAGUAUUUUUUUAUUUAAUUAUUCUUACUCUUUUUAAAUCUAUUCGACAAUGUGCCAGAUUCGUUCUUUAGAGCAUUUAUUUUAAAAAAUUGUAAUUACUUAGUUUCAAAUUGAAUUAUUACGUCUUUUUAAUAGCCAUACAUUGCAUAUACGGCUUUAUAUCAUCGCGAUAUAUUAAAAGCUUUAACUUAUGUAUACUUAAAAUGCUAGAACCAAAUAUACACGCAUUGCAACUACUGCUUUAAGUCAACGUUACGUCCUUGCUUUAUCUCAUUCCGUUCCACAUUAUUUCCAUUGAGAUUACGAUUCGUUUUUAUAGCCAAAGAACAAAUGCUUUUUGUGCACAACCGAAAUAAGAUUCAUACAUGUAUUUCAUUAGUAAGUCCGUUUUAUCAUACACUUGUAUAUUCAGCAAACUUGUUAAACGUUAAGUUUUUGUAACUCCGUGUUCAUUUAUACUCAUAUAUAUACGUUUUACGAUUUCAUUAAACGUAUUUCUUUCCUUUUGUUAAUAUGUACAUAUGAAAAAUAUUGGCUUUAUGUAACAGUUAUUUAACUUUUUACAAAGACGUAUGUUAGCUAUUGUGAUUCCCGAUGUUUCUUGUUGGCGGCAACAUUACUGUUGUUAGUCUUUUUGUUUAUAUUAUUACUUGAUAACUUGCGAUAUGUGAGAAUUUGGUAUAAUUUUUGUUGUUAAAUAUUGUUUCUUAUUUCAAUAUUGGUGCUUUGCAGAAUGCUUUGUGUAAACGCAUUUUAUUUCAAUACCCCCUCACGUGCUCUCUUAUGUGUAACAGCAAUCAGCUGGUGUAGAUUGUAAAAGGAUAUUUAGUUUGACAAAUGUCAAUUUAUCACCGGAAUAUUCAUGUUUCCCUUUAUAAUGCACCAGCUUGCUGUAUAUGUACAAAGAAAGAGAAACAUGUAUACACCGUGUACUCGUAAAUAUACUUAUUUUAGCUUGAUUUAACUAUUUUCAAUUCGUCUGCGUUGUUAAGUUAGGUACAUAUUUUAUUAAAGAAUCUGCACAAUUGCAUUAUCUUCUGAAAUUUCUGAAGUGUAGAAAAUAGAAAAUGCUUAAAGUAUGUGAUCUUUAUAUGUAUGUGCUAUAGUUGGUCGUUGUGAUUUUUCAUAAAUCUCUUUAUAUAAUUAUCUUGUUAUAUUUUAUGUACAUGUUAUGACUAUGGUCACAGUGUUCCAUGUCUUAUAAAGUCUCUAUUUUCUUUACCGAACUGUUUUUCAUUCUUCGCUCACUUGUUGGUUUGUAUGUGACAAUGACAGCGAAUAGUGUGUUUUUUUUUUAAGAGAGAAUUGUUACGCAUUUAUAAAAGGUUUUAUAGUUAACAGUUUUUUAUGGGAAACACGUUUUUAAAACUUUUUAAACAUUAUAUAGAGAAAAUCAUUAAUAGAGAAAAACUAUAUUAAAAUGAUUUGAUUAAUUAGUUUUAAAUUCCGAAUAUUUACUUAUGUUCUUAACGAGCUAAUUAUUUUAUCAGCAAAUCUCGAGUAGUAAAUAACAAGUAAUGCGUUUUAUGUUGAAGUUAUUAAUAAGGCAUUAUUGAGAGGGUGAAAUACAUUACAAUAUUUACAAAAAUAAAAAUAUCAACAAUC